UCACUGUCAGUUCGUCUGUUGGCGCGGUACCGGAAGCUAUUAAAACCGAGCAAGCUGUAAAAGCUACCAGCUAAUAGAGUGCACGUGGCUAUUGUGCCUCGCUAGCGGCAAUCCUCCGAUUGGAGUGAUUUAAAGAUGGCAAAUCAGUUGAUAAUUUCUUUAUUUGUCUAAGCCACGUGUGUGUCACGGAUUCGAAGAACACUAACAACGAACCUUUAGUGGCAGGUGGCACGUGCAAUCAUGUGAAAAUUCAAGUCAAAAUAACGACAGUGAAAAUACCAUUAUCUAGUCAUUGUUUGUUGUACGUUAGUCUUAAGAAGUGUAGCGAUCUAGUGUAAUUCAGCCAGAAUGUUUUCGAUGGAUACAUUCGAUUUCGAGGCUGUUAUGAGCCGACAUCUGUUUGAUGGUCCAUCCUUACAUCACCACCAGCACCAGCAUCAUUUGCAAACGGCAAAUGUGGAUUCAACAACCUCCAAUAGUUCGGAUUAUUUUCUUGGUGACGAUGAAAACACAACCGACAGUGACUCGUUCUGCGGUUUCAACAGCGAUCAGGAAAACAAUGACGGCAUGAAAGAAAUAUACAGCAAUCGAUCAUCUAAGUAUAGACGUCCUAAAUGUGCCUCCCAGCAAGCUCAGCAGCGCCAGGCAGCCAAUCUUCGCGAGCGACGUCGGAUGCAAAGCAUCAACGAAGCCUUCGAGGGACUCAGGACACAUAUUCCAACCCUACCAUAUGAGAAACGGCUCAGCAAAGUGGACACUUUAAAACUCGCUAUCAGCUACAUAUCCUUUUUAGGGGAAAUGCUUCGCAAGGACAAAAAUGGAAAUGAACCUGGUGUUAACGGAAUGAAGCGAGCGGCUGUGAAGGAGCCACCAAAAAAGUUUAUUGUACGUGGUGGCAGCGGCCAGGUUCACUCCCUUUCCUGGCACCGUAAAGGUGAUCGAAGUGCUGAUGGGCGCUAUUUCGCGCGGAUCUGGCGCCCGGAAGAUCCUCGAAGCAAUCAACGGAACAUCGCAGCUGGCCCGUCGUCAUACUCGAACAAUCUAAUUUAGUCUAGGGAGGGGGUGCCGACCGUCGAUUGCCAAUUUGAAAGCUCAUUUAUUUAGCUCUAACUCUCCGAAUGGUUCAUUAUUCUCCAAUGGAAAUCAAUGAAUGCGUGAAGCAAUUCUAGUCGUUUUAUUAGGCAUAAAGUCUAUGUUCAAAUAUUGUAAAUAAAUAUAUUUCAACCAAAAAUCAUAA